AUGAGUCGUGUCACUAGCAGCAUCGCUGACAACACCAACGUGCCCUGUGUAAGCCUCCACCUAUCUUCCCCAACACGCCCGUCAAUCCAUCUACACCCGCAUCUCAACGCGAAAUCCCUGGCGGUCGCCGCAUUCAUCAAACGGGAAAAAUGGAAGGAUGUGGUGGUGGUGUUCGAGGAGGCGGAUGAGUUACUGGAAGUGACGGAUAUGAUUACCGCAGGACACUUUGAUCCAGACUCGUUUUCCUCGCAACUGGUACGACUGAAACAUGAAGAUGACUAUGGUAAUGAGUUGAAGCAUAUUAAGAAUAAAUUGGACCGUUACCGUAUCGUCAUCAACAUUCCACUCCCGCGAGCCAUCCACUUUUUGGAGCAAGCAGCGAAUAUGUCGAUGUGUGGGGUACUGUAUCAUUAUGUGGUUAUGGAUAUGGAUCUUGUCACUGUGGACAUUGACAGUAUGCGUGGCAUAGAGGACUGCAAUAUCACAUCAUUUGGGGUGCACGAUGUCCAUUCCGAACAAAUCGAGGAUGUCCGACAGGAAAUCGUUCACAAGUCAUCGAUAAGGCUCCCCAAAAAAGGGGUUCCGUACACCACAUCCAUUUGGAUUGAUACAUUACGCCUCCUCAUCCGAUCGAUGAAAUCAAUCCAUAUAUGGGAGGAGCCUAGGUGUGGUGACGUCUGGAAGGCGGGGAGUGACAUCAAGAAGAAGUUUUUCGAGACGCCGUUGAAUGGGAUCAGUGGGGACUUGUAUUGGGCGCCGUCUGGCGAAAGAUCCAAUUAUACGUUGCAUGUGUAUAGGAGGAAGUUGACUUUCCAAAAAUUCGCCGAAUGGAGUAGCCGUACCCGACGAAUCGCUUCUUCGGAAGCCGUCGUCAUUGCCAAUUCCAGUGAAAAGCUAACUUUAGAAGGGAAACAUCUGAAAAUCUCCGUUUACCUGGAAGCCCCGUUUGUGAUGAUGACGUCGAAUGGGUCGUAUGAAGGGUACUGUAUCGAUUUGCUUCAUGGCAUCUGUAUCCAUCAAGAAAACAAUCUUGUUCUUCAACUUCUUAAGGAACUCCGAUGUAAUCCAAGUGCCAUUUCUGAUCUGGAGCCAAUCGAUAUCAAAGAUCUUCUGAUUGUCAGUGAUCAAAGUACAUUCUUGAUCGAAACGAUAGAAGUGACCAUUGAGAUUUGGGUCAACUCUCAAAAAAUCGAUAUUUCUCGGAAGAAGACUCAUGAAAUCCUUGUAGUCUUGAAGCAUCGAAUCGAUGAGAUAGUCCGUAUCCCUUUCCGAGUAAUAAAAAUUGCCAACAUCCUGAAAUUCACGUACACCAUUCAAAAAGUGAGAGAUAACGCCUAUGGAUCGAAAGAAUCAAAUGGUAAAUGGAGUGGAAUGGUCGGGGAAUUGCAGAGAGGCGACGCUGAUCUGGCAGUCGCAUCGCUCACUAUCAGUUAUGGUAGAUCAGAAGUUAUUGAUUUUACGAAACCCCGAAUCACUGAUUCCGACUGGUUCAAAUUCAUGGAUCCGUUGAGUACUCAAGUCUGGAUUAUGACUUUUGCAAGCUAUUUUGUGGUAUCAAUAGCGAUUUGGAUUAUUGCAAAAAUCAGUCCUUACGAACAAUUCGAGCGGGAUGAAGACAACGGGCAAUACAAGCCUGUGGACAACCAGUUCUCACUCCGUAACUCGUUUUGGUUUACUGUAUGCUCCCUUAUGCAGCAGGGAAGUGAACUGUGCCCUCGUGCUGCUUCCACGCGACUUCUGACCGGAAUUUGGUGGUUUUUUGCGCUUAUCCUUAUUUCCUCGUAUACGGCUAACCUAGCCGCAGUGUUGACCACUCGUCGUAUGGAGACACCCAUUGAGAAUGCGGACGAUCUGGCUGCACAGACAAAAAUCAAGUAUGGAACGCUUGGGAGAGGAUCAACGAUGUCCUUUUUUAACGAAUCCAAAAUCGAGACUUAUGAGAGAAUGUGGCAAUUGAUGUCGAGUUCUCCCGGGUUGUUUGUGCAAUCGUCGAAGGAAGGGAUAGCGAGAGUGAAGAGCUCCGACUACGCGUACCUUAUGGAAUCGUCGAUGUUGGAGUAUGCGGUGGAGCGAGAUUGCGAACUAAUGCAAAUCGGAGGUCUCAUUGAUCAGAAGGGUUACGGUAUUGGCCUCCCUAAAGGGUCACCGUAUAGAGAACUGAUUUCUACGGCGAUUUUACGGCUUCAGGAAAAGACGGAGCUGACGGAGUUGAAGGAGAAGUGGUGGAAGGAUAAAAGUGUGGUAUGCGAGCAGCCUAAACGUAAGGAUCAAGACGACGGCGAAUCGAUUGGAGGCAUUUUUAUUAUUCUGGUUGUCGGUCUGGUACUUACUGCGGUUUUGGUGAUUUUCGAGUUGAUAACUACCAGGAAACCGUCCCCGGCACAAUCUCAAGUUAUCAGACAUGUUAAUGUUAUACCGACUUUUAAAUUCGAGUUUUUUCGCCUCUCCACUAUCCUUGGCACAUUCUUUCGUUCUCGGAUCUCUUGUGUUCCGAAUACAAAUGGAGAAUUCGAGAGGAGUGGCACGAAUUUUCCGGAUCCUGGUACGGUUUGCAGUUUACCAUUUGCCCAGACAAUGCGGCCUCUGAAAACAUGA